CCUUCAUAUACCAAUAGGCCUGUUGUUCUUCAUUAUUGCCACUCAAAUAAAUUGAAGUGCAGACAACAAAGACUGAGCUUUUCACCACCGCAACCACUUCCACCGAGCAGCCAUGGCCAGCACCGUACGAGUCGCCGCCGCACAGAUGACCUCCAUCAACGACCUCUCCUUCAAUUUCACCACCUGCUCCCGCCUCGUCAAGGAAGCAGCCGCCGCCGGCGCGAAACUCCUCUGUUUCCCGGAGAAUUUCUCCUACGUCGGCGCCAAAUCCGGCGACAGCCUCUCAAUCGCCGAACCACUAGACGGCCCGAUCAUGACCAAAUACCGAUCCCUAGCUAAGGAAUCCAACAUCUGGCUCUCCCUCGGAGGUUUCCAGGAAACCGGAUCUGACGAUUCGCAUCUCCGCAACACUCACGUACUGAUCGACGAUUCCGGCGAUAUCAGAAGCACUUACCGGAAGAUGCAUCUCUUCGACGUCGAUGUCCCCGGCGGAGCAGUUUACAAGGAGAGCAGCUUCACCGAGGCCGGAGCAGAAAUCGCCGCCGUCGAAACCCCCUUCGGAGUUGUAGGGCUCACGGUUUGCUACGAUCUGAGGUUUCCGGAGCUUUAUCAGCGCCUGAGAUUCGACGGCGGCGCACAGGUUUUACUUGUCCCGGCGGCGUUCACCACGGUGACUGGGGAGGCGCACUGGGAGAUUCUGCUACGCGCGCGUGCGAUUGAGACUCAGUGCUACGUCAUAGCUGCGGCGCAAGGUGGGAAGCAUAGCGAAAAGAGAGAAAGCUAUGGGGAUUCGUUGAUAAUUGAUCCUUGGGGGAAGGUUGUUGGUAGAUUAUCGGAUCGAAUUUCGACUGGGAUUGCUGUUGCUGAUAUUGAUUUUGAGUUGAUUGAUUCGGUUAGAUCGAAGAUGCCGAUUUCUCAGCAUCGGAAACCGGCUGAGUUUUGGAGAUCAGCUUCGUCUUCUCUGUGAAUUCGAAGAAUGAAGCAAUUUGGUAAUUUAUUUUCUUGAGAGCAUUGUAAAAAAAAUUAAGUUUGUAUUUUCCUCUCAAGAAUCACGCACAUAUACAUACGGAUGUGUGUAAAAUGUAUCCAAAAAAGAAAAUAAAAUUCAAGUUACUCGAGCUCAAUUCGUGUUCAGUCCGACUGGAAUAUCAAACCAAACUUUGAAAAUUCGAUAUUAAUGCAAAUAAAGUUGAACGAACAUGGGUUCAACUCAAAUCGAUUUGUU